CGGCGCAUGCGCGGCACGAGCUCGCCGUCCGCCGCCCGCCGCCGCGAGUGCUCGCAGCGCGCCGCACUCCGCGCCGGAGCGCCGCUGCCGCUGCCGUGUCGGACGCGCGCUGUCGCCUGUGUCGCGCUCUCGUCAGCUCGUGCUACGCGCGACAUUCACAACACGGAAAUGAAGCUCAUACGAUAUGUGCACUUCAACCUCUAACUUGUAUAUUGUACAUUACACCUACAUUGUCAAGUGUUGUUUAUGAUCGUCGUUUGUGAAAUAAAGUAAAUCAGUGUCAGUGCUGUACGGGGCGACUGGCGAGGUAUCGUUUGAUCCUGUGCAGCCAGCCGAGCGAGCCAGCGGAGCGGACGAGCGCUCGGCAGCGGCCGCAUGGCGGACGUCACGUGAGGGCGCGCCAUGCGAGCGCUCCUGCCGCUACUGGCCGCCCUCUCCACCACCGCGGCUGCGAGUUCAGCGCCCCCCGCAACCCUACCGCCGCUCGCGCUAUUGCUACGAGCUGCCUGCCACGGGCCACUCCUCGCCGCCUUCAACGAGAGUCGAUUAUUCGACUAUGAACCAGCGCGCUUUCUGUUCACCCAGUACCGUGUGCAUCUCUUAAGCUAUGAAGAUACCUGUGGACCCGAAUGGAGAGCUUCGAUGACGAAGCAAGCGCUCGCGGCGCUGAGCGAGGGCGGCUCAGUGGUGGGCUCAGGCUGCCUCGGUGCCCACGUAUGUGGCGCGCUGGGCGCGGCAGCGCGCGCGCUGCAACGACCGGUGAUGACGCGCUGCGCGGCCGCGGAAGCGCGCGGCGUGGCGGUUGCGCGACUGGCAGCGCGCCUGCGCUGGAGGCUAGCACUAGUGCCGCCGGCGGCGCCCACAUCCGAGUGCGAGGCCGCGCUGUUGGAGGUGGCGCGCGCGCUAGCCGUCGCCGGCCUCGCAGUACGUCGAUCCAAACUGUCACCAGAAGAACUAGAGCGUCAACCCGAUGUUGUAAUCCUAUGUACCGAUCGUGGUACUGGGACACCGGCGGCAGCUGCAGUGACUCAUGAGGCAGACGGAGCAGGCCCCGCGGCGCUGUUAGUACACGUGGAGGAGUGUGACAGCGCAUCACGUUCUGUCACCGAGACGCGACGCACUGCGAUGAAAGAUGUUAAUAAUGCGACGCCAACAAGCAAUAUUACUUUAGUUUUAAGCGAAUUCUUAAAAACGAGAAGUAAAAGGCAUUCGCAGUCUGAAGAGAUAACGAUGAACGAUCUCAGUACAAAUCUGUCUUCAAAUAAGCUAGAGAACAUUUCAACAGAAACAAGAUUGCUCAAUCAGCCAGUAAUAAAAUAUAUAGGCCAUCGUAAAAUCGAUACUGACUCCGUUCAGCUAAGAUCGAAAGAAAAUGGAGAAAGGUCUUUAAUCAAACAACAGGUGCUGGAAAGUAAGCACUCAGUUACUGAGAUCGAGCUCGAAAAGUGGCAGCGUGUGUCCACAGGGGAGCCCGGACCGGACCUUGACUCGGAUCGAGUUCAAUCUUAUUUGCCUCAAAUCCAAAUCUCCUUCUUUCGUCGCUUGUUGCUCCUUACCGAUGACCAGUUAACAAAACGCUCAUAUUCAGAUGAAACAAUGAUUUAUGAUGAACUACUCAAAGCUAUUAAAAUUGAUUCGAUUGCCAAAAAAGCACAAAAAGAAGACAUAAAUAUAAAUUUUCAUUUAUAUGAAAAGCAGAACAAAACAUCUCCACAUUGGACUCAUGCAGCUGUGCUGGCCACUACGGUGUCUCGGUCCCUAGAGCUGUCGUACGAGCAAAUAAAUUCCGUGCAGCUUGUGAACGUGACGGUGGCCCUGGAUAGCUGGAGCUCGGCGGGAGCUGCAGGGACCGCGGGGGGAGCAGGCGCGGCCCGCGAGAGCACCGGCGCCGCGGCGCUGUCGGCGGUGGCGGCCUGUGGUGCACUGGCUCUGGCCGCUAGUACUGCGCUGCUAUUGCGCUGGUUAGCUACUCGCCGCCGUCGCCGGCGCCGGCGCCGUGACGCCGUACUUACUCCCUCCGACUUUAGUUUCCCGGUGGACGAGCGGCGUCGUGUGGGUGAGGGAAUGGAGACCAUGCUUUCAUGUUGGCUGCAGCAGUUGCACGAGUUUGGUGGCCCAGAGCUCGAGCGCCCUGAUCUACUCAAGCAACCGCCUUGCGUCGCGCCUCGUGCGCCUUCCGCGCCUUCGUCUACGUGCAGCGUCAACCGCGUUGCCGUCGACCGUCGCAUACGAUACAAGGGGGACGUGGUGCACGUCAAGUACUUACCGGCGACAGCGGGACUGGAACUCAAACGAAAAGCGACAGACGUGUUGCUGGUGAUGCAGAACCUGCGUCACGAAAACCUAAAUCCUUUCAUUGGGUGUCUGUGUGAGCUGAGGCCGGCUCUAGUAUUCGACCAGUGCGGGCGCGGCUCUCUGGAAGACGUGCUGGUGGCGGACGACAUCAAGCUAGACUGGACGUUCCGCCUGUCGCUGCUCACGGACUUGGUGAAGGGCAUGCGCUAUUUGCACGCGUCUCCACUGCGCCUGCACGGCCGACUCACGUCGCGCAACUGUGUGGUGGACUCGCGCUGGGUGCUGCGAGUCACGGACUACGGCCUGCCGGCAUUCUUCCACGCGCAAGCCCUGCCGCACCCGCACCGCUCCGCGCGAGAUCUUCUUUGGACGGCCCCGGAGCUCCUGCGCGAGAGCAACGGCGCGGGUCGCGGCUCCCAGCCCGGCGACGUGUUCGCAUUUGCUAUCAUCAUGCAAGAGGUCAUCGUGCGCGGCGAGCCAUACUGCAUGCUGGCUCUCACGCCCGAAGAGAUCGUGGAGAAGGUGUCCCGGCCACCGCCGCUGAUUCGGCCCUCCGUGUCCAUGGGCGCAGCGCCGCCAGACGCCGUCAGCGUCAUGCGCCAGUGCUGGAGCGAGGCGCCCGACCUUCGCCCUGACUUCCAUCGCCUGCACGACAUCUUUCGACAUCUGCACCGCGGCAGAAAGGUUAACAUAGUCGAUUCCAUGUUUGAAAUGUUGGAGAAAUAUAGUAAUAAUCUAGAAGAACUGAUCAAGGAACGGACCGAGCAGCUCGAUAUGGAGAAGAAGAAGACCGAACAAUUACUAAAUAGGAUGCUACCUAGGUCAGUGGCUGAGCGCCUAUUGCUGGGGUCGCGCGUGGAGCCGGAGGAGUUCUCUGAAGUGUCCAUCUACUUCAGUGACAUCGUGGGCUUCACGGCGUUGGCGGCGCGCUCAACGCCGGUGCAGGUGGUGGACUUACUCAAUGACCUCUACACCACUUUCGACGCCGCCAUCGAGCAGUACCGCGUCUACAAGGUGGAGACCAUCGGCGACGCGUACAUGGUGGUGGGCGGCCUGCCCGUGCGCACGCGCGACCACGCGGAGUCCGUGGCCACCAUGGCGCUGCACCUGCUGCACCUGGCGGGCCGCUUCCGCCUGCGCCACCUGCCCGACACGCCGCUGCACCUGCGCAUUGGCUUGCACACCGGCCCGUGCUGCGCCGCCGUCGUGGGCCUCACCAUGCCGCGUUACUGUCUCUUCGGCGACACCGUCAACACGGCCUCGCGCAUGGAAUCCACUGGUCAGCCACCGCCCGCACCCGCGCGACCCUGCGCUCGGCGACUCGGUGACGGUGUGGUUGUUGCAGGCGCGGCGUGGCGCAUCCAGGUGUCGGCCACGACGGCGGAGCGACUGACGGCGGCCGGCGGCUACCGGCUGCGGUCGCGCGGCCUCACCAUGGUCAAGGGGAAGGGCGCCAUGCACACGUACUGGCUGCUGGGCAAGGACGGGUUCGAUAAGCCACUGCCCACGCCGCCCCCAUUGCAGUCUGAAGAGGUUCUGUUUGAAGUAGACGGUGAAAAUGAGUGCGAGUCUCCAGGACCGGAUCACUCGCCACCAGCAGCGGCGCGAGCCGGGGUCGAGCGGCAGCGGUCCGACCCCACCGGCACUCCGGACAGACAAGCGUGGCAGCGCUCGGGCGCGGUGUCGGCGGACAGCAGCCCGCCGCCCGGCGCGGCCCUGCCGACUGGCGCGGCCCCGCCGCCCACCCUCGCCGCCGUCGCCGCCGUCGCCAACCCCACCACCCCCACCACCCCCGCCGCCGACCACAGCGUGCAAUACUCUCGCUAUAGGUGCUUGGGGAACGGGCGUCGUCCACUGCGGCGGCAGUGGUCGCUGGAGCGCGGCGACACCCUGGCGGCAGCGGCGGCGCAGGGUCCCGGGCGGGGCGCCAGCUCAGCGCCGCCGUCACCGCCCGAGCCGCUGGCGCUGCUAGUGCCGGCGCCGGCGCGGCCGCCCGCGCCCCGCUACCGCACGCGGCCAGAGCCCGACGGCACUCCGGCUCCGUUGUAGCCGCCGCUGCCUGUCGCUAGAUCGACAAUAAUUUUCGUAGACGAAACUUUUUCGCUCCGCUCGGCCGCCGCUGUAGCGUGUGUGCGGCUUGAGAUGGUGCCUGUCGAUAUACAUUUUUACUAUAGCAUCUAGGGUUUUCAAUUGUGAUUAAUUGCAAACGAUCGGUGUAUUUUUGAAUUUUUUCGAGAAUCUAAUAAAUUAAUAAUUUCUUC